UAAUCAACAUGCGAAUGCCGGUGGAGGAGGAGGAGGGGGGAAUUUGAAUCAUCUAUUAGGACUGAGGAUGCCCCCGAGGGCUGUCGUUGGGAGCGGGAUAGGGUCUGGAUAUCCAGGGACGUCUGGAGGUGGGGGUGGGGUUACGCCGAGGAGGUCUAGAGGGAUUAGGGGAGCGUUUAAUAAGGACAAAUACGUCAACGCGCAAUUCCGAUUCGUCAUGAAACCGAGUGGGAAUUAUACGGCCCAUUUCGCCGAUCCUGAUCUCAUCUUCCCAUUCCAACAGAUAUUACAGGUGAUCGUCCCUACCACCCCGCUCUUGUCCCUCGCCCAGGGUCAACCGGUUGAUCUACACGAUCAUGAUCACGAUCACGAUCAAGGGCACACGCAUGAGGUGAAGCAGAAACAGUCGAGGGAACGGAAGGAACAGGAGGAGGAGGCUUUCAAGUGUCCGAUUUGUUUGGGGAAGCCGGUUGCGGGGCGGAUGACCAAGUGCGGGCAUAUCUUCUGUUUCCCCUGCAUCAUCCACUAUUUCACCUUGUCCGACGUCCCGCGGUCGGCCAAGUGUCCGAUUUGCGGGGAGACGAUUCAAGAGUUUUUGUUGAAGAGCGUUAGGUGGUGGGACGAGGAGAGCGCUGGGCAGGCGGGUGUCGAUGGGAAGCUCGUGUCUAAGCAAUUGCGGGCAGGUACCGGGGAGGUGGUAAAGGCAGCGAAAGUGGAGACGGAUUCGGAGACGGUCUUUGCGGCUGGCGAUCUCGAAGGUUUGGAGGAACAGCCGUCCAGGCCGUCUGGGAAUCGGGUCAAGAUGCGUCUCGUCCAACGACCUCAGAUCACCACGUUCGCCCUGCCCCGAUCCCCUACCUGGCCGUCCGAAGUCGUCCCCCUCAACCAAGCCCCCUGGCAUUUCAUCCCCGACGUCCUCUCGUUUUCCAAAUUCAUGCUGGCCACAUCGUCCUACAUGAUCUCUCAGCUCGAGAGGGAAGUGGCCGAGCUCGAACGUGAGCGGAUCAACCUGCGGGGAGACGAGCUUGGGUUGUCGUUUGUCGACGUGGCGAUGAGCAAGGUCAAGGAACAGAUCGAAAAGGCGAGGACCGAGUUGGACACGCCGGUCUUCAGGCGGAUGGAGAGGGAGGCGAGGGAGGGGGUGGCCGAGGUUCAGGAAGGGUGGAAGCGGAGAGUCGAACAGGCCGAGCAGAGGCAGCGAGAGAGACAGGCCAGGCAGCAGGACGAGCAGGAGGCGCAGCUGGUAGAUGGGGUGGAUGCGCUGGUCGUCGAUUCUGCCACGACCAUCAGCCCGGUGACGGCGACCACAGCGACAACGACCGCGUUGUCAGCGAACGCUCCUUCUUUCGUCAUGUCCAGCGGGACCGGUGAGGCCUCCUCGACACCCACCAAAUCCUCACGAAACAAGCGCCCUCCAGCGCAUAACAACAACCCUAACAACUAUUUCGCCGCGGACGACCCGGCCUACUUUUAUUACCAGGCCGAUAACGGCGCCAACGUGUACCUCUCACCGCUCGACAUCAAGAUCCUCCUCGGGCACUACAAGUCGUACACCGCCUUUCCCGAUACGAUCCUCGUCAAACCCGAGGGCGCCGACGAAGGGUCGAUGAACGAAGACCUGAGGAGACGGUGUAAAUACCUCGCACACCUGCAAUUGGGCACCAACGUCGUCUUUGUAGAAGCCGACUUGGAAGAGACGUUGGGCAAGGGCGCGGUACAGGCUUUCGAAGCGCCGUUGAAACGACGGAGGGACCGCAAGCGGGAAAAGACGAGGAAAGAGGAUCGGGCCAAGGUCAAGUGGGAAGCGCAGGAGAGGGAACGGUUGCCCUUUGGCGUGCCGCAUUCUCAUUCUCAACCCGCGGGGCCUAGCAAGGUGGCCACGACGAUGGGAGCUAUCGACCCGGGUUUGAUGCUGGAUGAAGACUUUUUGAACGCCCUAGAGAGGUCGAAUAACGAUCAUCCGGAGGGGUUGGCGGUCUCACCGGGGACGGCUAGCUUGAUCGCGCACAUGUCUACUGGGCGGAACGGACCUUCGCCGAGUGGGAUGUCGACGGGGAGCUCGACCGCAGCUCAAGCUCAAGGGCAAGGACAAGGACAAGGGCAGGGGCAGGGCAUCUGGGGGUCUCCUACGAACGGGACGAACAUGUCGUUCGCCUCUGCCCUUCAUACACCGGGGGGACCUCGUCCAGCAGCCCGGAGACGUGACCCGGAGGUGGACGAUGAGAUGGCGAGAGCGUGGUUGGAGUUUGAAGAACGCGCUGCGGCUUCACGGGCUAUACAUCAGGUCGAGGGGCAGGAUGCCGAAAAUGCUGGCACUGGGGGUGAGCAAGGUGUAGCGACAGGAGGUGGUGGUGGGAAACAGGGAGGGAAAAAGGGUAGGAAAAAGGUCGUCUUGUCCAUGGGUGGAGGCGGGCGACGAGGAUAACAAACAAACGACAAUCCUAGAAGGUUGUAGGAGAUCGCUAUUAUUCUGCCCUGCCUCCUUUCUGCUUCUGCCUGUACUGUAUCACUAGACCACUCGAUGCGCGAUGCAUCUUGACAAUGACGUCUUGCUCCGG